AUGGUGACAAUAAUCGCAGCUCUAUCGAUCAUCUACUCUCUCAUUGAACUGGCCUACGGAAAUUCUUGCUCUUCUUGCAAAGUUGUUGUUCAAGGCGCAGAAUUCGCUCUGGAAAGCGGCGAGGAUUUGACCAAUUUCGUUGACGAACAGUGCCGAUACCAUGAAAUUCUCUACUAUACUCCUCGCCAACUCGAGCUCUGUAAAGAAAUCGCACCCAAAAUUGUGGCCAACAGCGGGAUUCAGAACAAAUUACGGCAACCCGGCAGCAAGUAUAUGGAAGUUUGCACACGGGAUCUUCGGCUACUGUUAGUGCUCUCAAGUGGACCAGUGGAAGAUUGGUUUCGUUUACAUUUUCUGUAUAAAGAACUCAUCAUUGUUGAUCACAAAUCUCUUUCUUUGAGACUAGAGCUCUUCAUGAAUCAUUCUAUACACGGAAUGAAUCCUUUACAGUGA